AUGCGCUUGGGAGUAUUUACUACUCACCGGCCGUGUUACCUAGAUCCUGAUCUAAGUGUGACAACUAUUUGUGAUUUAAAUUGUAAGGAUUAUUUGAGGGUCUUCUGGACCAUCAGAGAAUCCUUCCCAAAGUUGGAUACAGCUUGGGAGAGCAUUAAAGGACUGUGGAAUAUAGAUUCGAGUUGUCCUGCUAACAGCCAAAUUCAUCAGUGUUUUCAAGGAGAGGCUGGUAGAAUGACGAGUUUCAUUACAAUUGCGGUCAAAAAAUUCAAGCAAGUAGACCGUUUGUCCGUUUCUCUUCCUGAAGCUGAUGCUGGAAGUCGAUUCGCAGAUAGAAUCGGUUCAUCGAUUGCGCGAAUAUUGAAGUGGAACACGUUUGUAAUGAGCUGGGUUGCUUACAUCCAAGGCAGCUUUGGUAGCAGCGAUGACGUAGACGUCAUCAUAGUCUUGACGGACAGUAAAACGCUCGGUAUCGUCACAGCUUCAACUCCGUCAGUCAACUUCAAUCACACCCUCGCCGAUUUUGCUUCAGCUGUCGAGGAAGGAAAGCUUCCCUUGCAAGUAGAUGGCUACAACGUCUGGGUCAAGUCAUUGGCGUUAUGCUCUGAUAAAUCAUGUGCUCGGACUAAGACACUGGCAGUUUCAGAAAAUCCUCCUAAAUGGCCAGUUAGAAGUGAUGUUACUAACCACAUCGGAUAUGGGCCAGUUCAAAAUGAAGGUGCCAGGGUUCCCUGUGGUGAAGUCAAGCUAUUUGAAGUCAUUGCUGUUCUGUUUAUGUACCGAUCAAUUUUCUAG